UUUUUCACCGAAUCGAAAGCACGCAGCGGACGGACGGUAAAUCGCCUUUCGAUCGGAAAACAGCGUACAGUGCACCAGUUCGCCCGUGAGCACCUAUCUACCAGUCGCGCGGCCAGUGCGGGAGCAAGCAAAAACUGCUGCGAAAUAAAAUACGCAAAUCUCAGCUCGUCGAGGGCGAAAUCAGGAGUGCCGAGUGGAAAGAAAACUUCUGGACGCGCUAAGAGUCGCUCUCCCGCUCCACCUCUCUCUCUCUCUCUCUCCAUCUUGGUGUGUGUGUGUGCCGUGUGCUAGUGCCAGUGAGUGCGCGAGUGCGAGUGAGACGGGCAAACAAUUUGCCGCUAAAUACAAAAAGCAGCUGAGACCAGCUGACGCAUGUGUGUGUGCGAAAUACAAUAAAAAGAAGAAAAUACGGCAAAGGCUACAGAAAAGGCUAUAAAUAAAUUGCAAAUAAAUUGUUUAUGUAGCCGCACAGCAGCAGCAGCAGGCGGCAGCAACAACAAAACGCACGUGGCGCAGACACUUUAGCCACGAUAGUAGGCAAACACACAAGCACGAUUAAACAUGUCCGCCGUACCGGUUGCCAUCAAAACGGAGGAGGUUAUUCUAGAGCACGCCGAAUACAACAGCGCCGAGGAAUUGGAUGAGGAAUUGCAACUACAAUUGGAGGAUUCAGGGGGUGAGAACUAUCACAUCGAGUACGCCAGCGAGUCGGCCCAUCAGGGUUCUCAGCGUCGCCAGUCGAGCAUGAGCGGUACGAACACCUCCAAGGGCGGCGGAGGAGGCGGCGGCGGGGCCUUGAGCGAUGGAGACGGCUCGGGAAAACCCCUUGUGGACAGCGAGAAGAGGAUGCGCCGGGAGAUCGCCAACAGCAACGAGCGGAGACGCAUGCAGAGCAUCAAUGCCGGAUUCCAGAGUCUGCGAUCGCUGCUCCCGAGGCACGAGGGCGAGAAGUUGAGCAAGGCCGCCAUCCUGCAACAGACCUUCCAGUACAUCGUGGAGCUGGAGAACCAGAAGACGCAGCUGCUCACGCAGAACAGCGAACUGAAGCGACAGGUGGGCGAGCACGAGGCCGGCGGCGGCGGGUCCGGCGAGGGUGGCGCCAACUCCGGCGGCAACUACAACGACUCCAAUGCCAGCGGGGGCAACUCCACGGCGGUGGCCAUCAAGAAGCGCAAGCUCACGGACAACGUGAUCAACAUCCAGGCGAUCAGCGACAGUUCCGACGAGGGCCUGGGCUCCAUGUCCCCCGAGCCCAUGACCCUGCUCACUGCCGGCGGAGCGGCGGCCACCAAACUGAACAACGCCACCCUGCUGGCGGCCAAGGAACUGCACGAAUCGAAGAAGCAGCUGGAGAAGGAGCGCAGCCUGCGGCGACUGCUCGAGGACGAGCUGCAGAUGAUCAAGCGGCAGCUGUACAGUGUGGCAACCGCACCGCCCGGCACAGCGGUGGCAGCCGCCUCCGGAGGCAACAGUGGCGCCUACAUUCCACGCGAGGUCAUCGAGCACACCGAUAACUUUGUGCGCACCGAGGACUUGGAGGAACUGGGCGGCACCGUGUCGUACGUGGAGAUCGAUGAGAUGACCGGCCAACAGCAGGUGGUCGUGUGCUCCAGCAUCGAGGAACUGGAGGCCGAUGCCGCUGCCGAGAUCAUCACCGAGGAUCAGGUGCACGAGGAGGUCAUCCUGUCGUCGAACAGCUCGACGGAGUCGGAGAACGAGGUCAAUGUGAACGCAAUUGCCAAAGCCUAUGCCGAAGGAUGCACGUCGAGCGCUGCCAUGCUGCAGCCCAUUCUGCAGGCGGCCAUCAAAGCCACGCCCAAGGUGGAGGUGGAGCGCAUCCACGAGAAGAUCGUCAAGGUGAAGGCGGAGAAGCAUGAUCUGCCCUCGAUUCAGACCACCACACACUACCAGCACCCCCAUCGCCAGAAUCUGGAGACCAUUGUCCAGGCCAUCAGGCAUCUGGAGGGCGACCAUCUCUUUGCGGACGGCAGCGGGGGCCAGGAGAAGUUUGGCCAGCAGCAGCAGAAUCUCCAGCAGCAGCAUCACCACCAAAUUGCCGGAGGGCAUCACCAGCAGCUGCAUCACCACCGGCUGGCGCAGGAUGCCCCGCUGGCCCUCACCACCACGGGCAAGCAGCACGCGGCGCUGGCGGAGCUGCGACCCUUCCUACAACUCAAGAGCGGCGGCAACAAGCAGGUCAUCAUCACGGCCAAGACGGCCAAGGACGCUGGCGGUCUGGUGUCCACGAGCAGCAGCAGUACCACCGUUACGCCGACGGCGAUCUUCAAGGUGCAGACAACGGGCGGCCAUGGGAGCAGCGGCGGCAGCGGCAGCAGCAGCCACUUGCAAAGCGGCUCCACGGCGGGCACCAUAAUCACCGGGAGCAAUGGCAGCGGCGGCGCCCAGCAGCUGACCAUCACCACAGCCUUGAAGCAGUGCCGGCCGGGCGUGAUAGUGGCCAAGCAGCUGCCGUCGUCCUGAUUCAAUGGCCCCAAGAUGGGAGCAGGUUCGGGUUCGGGUUCGGGAUGUAUGGCAGCGGCAGCUGGAGCAAAGGCAGGAGGAGGGAGAUGUGGCGCCCAACGUGGGCCAGGAGCUGUGACUGGGGCACGAGCUAGUAUUAAAGGCGCUCGCCAGGAAGCAACGACCACCACAACCACCAACCACAUACCGACGGCGGCGGCGACAACGGCGACAACAACAGCAACCACUCAACAGUUUACUAGGCAAAAUCCCUUUGCUGCCUCCCGGCGACGUAACAGUAACAGUAACAGUAACAGUAACAAUAGUAGCAGUAACUUUAACCCUAUUGUAAGCAGUAAAAGUAGUAGCAGCAGCCACAGUAGUAGCCACAGAAAUGUUAAAGAGACUGUUACCAAACAGAGGCAGAGGCAGAGGCAGAAGCAUGUAAAUUAGUAAGAGUUUAACAGCAAACCAACAGGCAAACGAGGAGAAUGUGUACCAAGCAGGAACUAAAUCCAUUUUUGUAUUUUUGGGAUAUUUAUGAUUUAACUUCAGACUCAAACACUCACCAGACCUCUCUUUCCAAGCUUCAAACGCCAACAACCACGAGAACACAUACAUACAGCCACUGUAAUUAAAUGCAAAGAAGAAAAUACACACAACAUUUGUUCAUUUAUUGGUUAAGAGACUAGAAUUAACAGAUGCAAACAAAGCAAUUGAUUUUGAGCCACGUAGUAGAGCAGCAGCAGGCAGGCAGGAAACAGCAGAACGACAAGAAACGAAACCGAAACAACAAACAGAGUACAAAAGAGAAAGAAAAAGAAAAUAGACAUAAAAUUAAUACAUUUUGUUUGGUUAAUUCGCUUGAAUUGCAUGCAGUGAAUAAAGUUGAGAGAUGCCCGCAUUGUUUAAGCGUU